AUGGAAAUAAGGAAGCACAAACAAAAGGAAAGGAGGCAAGGAGAUAGCGGAAGUACAAGCUAUGCUCAACUGAACUCCAAAGUUUGGAAGAAUGUGUGGGCAUUACAACUGAAGCACUUCAUAUGGAGGUGCCUGCAUCAUAGCCUGCCAGUGAAUGAGCAAAUACAUAAGCGAAUAGGCAAAGGCAGUCCAAUAUGUAGCAGCUGUGGGGAAGAGGUGGAAACGUUAGAACACAUGUUGUUCUUUUGUAACAUGGCUGAAACGACCUGGAAACUUGCACCCAUACAAUGGGAUGGGUUGAAGGAUAUGAGAGGAAAUUUUGUAAGAUGGUGGGAAGGGAUAUUAGGAGCGAAAACUAGGGAGCAAGGACAGGAGCAUAUAGCGCUGACUGUGAAUAUCCUAUGGCAAAUAUGGAAGGCAAGGAACAUGACAGCUUUUGAUGUAUAUGAGACAGACCCAAGGAAAACAAUGCAGAAAGCUGUGGGCAUAGGUGUUGUGGCCAGAAAUGCUGAAGGGGAGCUGAUGAAAGUCUGGGCAAGAGCUGAACUAAAACGUAGUGAGCCACGGGUGGAGGAAGCAGCAGCAAUUAGGAUGGGAAUGCAAAUGGCCUGGAAAGCAAACUGGAGGGCAGUUGAGCUUCAAUCAGACUGCAAAGACGUGGUGGACAUGCUAAACAAGAAACAAAAGCAGCAAAACAACAUCGUGGUCGUCCUUGAGGAUAUAGCAAAUAUGAGAUGUUUGUUUGAACAAUGUACUUUCUCUUUUGUACAUAGAGAUGGGAAUAGAUGUGCACAUAGUGUAGCAAAAUUUGCUGUAAAGCUAACAACAAAUGUUGAAUGGGAUGUAUGUUUUCCCAUAUGGCUCAAAGAGGAAGCCCAAAGUGACUUCAGAGGAAGCGAAUCUGAUGUACCUAAGUCUUGUAAUAUCAAGUUUACAAAAUGA